AUGGCGACGCUGGGAGGCGAGUCGCAGCCCUUCCCCUCUGCUGCUCUGGCGGCAGCUGCCGGGGUGGGCGGCGGCGGCGGCAGCGGGGCGCUGGGUCUGCAGGCGCCGCUGAACCGCGGUCUGGAGCGGGCGCUGGAGGAGGCGGCUCACUCCGGGGGGCUCAACCUGAGCGGCAGGAAGCUGAAGGAGUUCCCGCGCAGCGCCGCCGCCCUCAGCCACGACCUCUCGGACACGGUGCGGGCAGAUUUAUCCAAGAAUCGCUUAACUGAAGUUCCUACAGAGCUGUGCCAUUUUGUGUCACUGGAAACACUAAAUCUAUACCACAAUUGUAUUAAAGUCAUACCAGAUGCCAUAGUAAACUUGCAAAUGCUAACUUACUUAAACUUGAGUCGAAAUCAGCUUUCCUCUUUGCCAGCUUGCCUGUGUGGUCUUCCUCUAAAAGUCUUAAUUGCAAGUAACAAUAAGCUAGGUUCCCUUCCAGAAGAGAUAGGUCAGCUAAAACAGUUAAUGGAAUUGGAUGUCAGCUGUAAUGAAAUUACAGCUUUGCCACAGCAGAUAGGCCAGCUGAAAUCUUUAAAAGAACUGAAUGUCAGAAGAAAUUAUCUCGAAGUUUUACCCCAAGAACUAGUACAACUUCCCUUGGUAAAGUUUGACUUUUCCUGCAAUAAAGUGCUCGUGAUUCCAAUUUGUUUUAGAAAGAUGGUGCAGUUACAAAUAUUACUGCUUGAGAAUAAUCCUUUGCAAUCUCCACCAGCACAAAUUUGUACAAAGGGUAAGGUGCAUAUAUUCAAGUAUCUGACUGUACAAGCCUGUCAGAUUAAAACAGCAGACUCGCUGUAUCUUAAUGCCAUAGAGCCACAGCAUUUGCCACAACCUGUGGAAGAGAGCAUUGAUGACAUCUACCCAAGUAAAAAGGACUCCGAUUCAGGUGUUGGUAGUGAUAAUGGUGAUAAACGUUUGUCAGCAACAGAGCCAUCUGAUGAAGAUACUAUCAGCUUUAAUGUUCCAAUGUCGGAUAUUGUGGAAGAAGAUCAUAUUAUAAAGGAUGAUUCAGGUCACCAUGCUAACACAAGAAAAGUGGAAUUCCAUCAAGGAUCUUCACACACGUUUGUCAAUGAUAAGUCACGAGAAACAGGAAACCACUUUGAUGAAUCGGAUACUCUUUCUACUGAAUUUAUGAGCUACAUUAAGAGCAGAGCAGCAGAAUGUGAUGAAUUAUUGAGAAUAGAAGAGGACACGCAAUGGCAAGCAGACGAAAUAAUAAAUUUAUCAGAAGAACAAACUAUUGAUAUAGCAAUGAUAGAACAACUAAGAGAAGCUGUAGAUUUAUUACAAGAUUCCAACAGAUUAAGCGUGGAUAUUUCAGAGAGUAGUGCUGUGAGUCUGUAUCCCACAGAACCAGCAAGUGUUUUAGAAUAGGAGUCUACAGUGAAUGGUCAAAUACAGAUGGACAUGUCUUCUCUUGGACAGAGAGAAAAUGCUGAAGAGGAACUGGAAUUCCAGAGGAGGAGGGAGUUGAUUAUGGAGAAAGCAAAGCCUGAAGCAAGAACUUGUGAACAGGGUGAAAAAUGGUCACUGAGCCAGAAUGACCUAAUUGUUUGGAACGCAAGUGGGCAAACCUCUCACAAUGAGAAUAAGGAUAAAAGUCCAACAAUGUCUCCUACUACAAACACCACAAUCCCUUUUGGUCUGAAGCCACGAUCAGACCCAUCCCUCAGUUUCCCUCCUAUCUCCUUCAACACACUUACACAGGCACAAACAUGGGACAACUUUAGCUACAGUAUCCCAUCUGAAGGAGACAGUGACAAUGUGUUCUUAAGACCACAAAGAAAUUUGGAAUCAAUAGAUCCACAGUUCACGAUUCGAAGGAAAAUGGAGCAGAUGAGAGAAGAGAGAGAGCUUGUGGAACAGCUACGUGAGAACAUAGAAACAAGACUAAAGAUUUGUUUGCCCGAAGACCUGGGCUCAGCUCUGAUGGAUGGUGUCGUUCUGUGCCAUUUAGUGAAUCACGUUCGCCCUCGGUCCGUCGGGAGUAUUCAUGUACCCUCACCAGCAGUACCUAAACUUAGCAUGGCCAAAUGCAGGAGAAAUGUGGAAAACUUUUUGGAUGCAUGUAGAAAACUGGGGAUACCAGAGGCUGACCUCUGCUCUCCGUAUGACAUCCUGCAGUCGGAUAUUCGUCACAUUCGAAAGACUGUUGACACUCUGCUCGCCCUCGGGGAGAAACCCCCACAAUCAACUUCUACUUUUCGCUCCUGGGAUCUAAUAGGCUUUUGUCUUUUCCAUAUACUUUUUAUAGUCUUGAUGUAUAUAACUUAUCACUGGAAUUUGCUAACAGCAUAA